UAAAAAUAUAUACUAUGAAUACUAAAUCUAUACACCUGAAUAUGUCGUUUUACGUUUUGUUAUCAUUUGCAAUGUUGGUGCAAUCCAACGGUACACCGCUGAAUCAAAUAUUCAGACUUAUCCCGACCGAAUCAUCGAAUUUUCCUGCAUAUGAAAACAAAAUUGAUUCGAACGAUCGGGACGUUUCAAAUACAAAUCAAAAAGAGAACAUCGUUUCUCCUGGUGUUGACAUAAUAGGCAUUCGAAACAUGGCUUCUGAUUUCACUUCUGUGCAUAAAUCUCAGUUGACGAGCAAUUUAUCGAAAAUUAAAAGGCGUUCAAUAUCCACUACACCUACAUCGAGACGAAUCUAUAGAAGCAGGAGACUCUCAGCUCCGUUUGUAAUUCGUAAACUGAGGAGAAAAAGUCCAAGGAGUGUUAACAGUUUGGACCUCCCAUUGCAUUUACUAAGCGGAUUAAUGGAUGCCGAAGAAGCUGAUUCCAAUGGAAGGGCUGCGCUUAAUAACUGGGAACUUCUCAACUCAAUUGGCUGAGACUUGCGGCAAAACAUAUCUGACAAAAAUCUGGACUGUGAAUUCUAUUUAAAAGGCUACGAACAACAACAUCACUGUUUCAGGAAGAUGCACUGUUUCUGUUUAUUGAUAUUAUUUAUGUUUUUCAUUAUUUAAAAUCAUUUUUUCUUCAGUUCUUGUUACUUUUUAUGUAUUUAUUAGUGUCGUAUAUUCUAUUCCAACUUUUUUAAUUUUUAUGUGUGCAAAAAUAUCUAGGGUAUAUAUUAAAUUAAUCUUUAACUCUUGUGUUUCUCGAUCUAAUUCACACCAUACAUGCCGAACUACACAAUAAAAUCUAUGUCGGAUAUUGGAAUACAUAAUACAUACAUAGUUUGUGAUGGAGUCCCAAAACCUUUCCGACACAAUCACUUUAAGCCAUUUGCAACACGUUUUCAAUGUAGCCUAAUUUGGCUAAUACUGGUGUCGCAAAAGGAAGUGCUGAAAUACCUGGCUGUUCUUCGAUCCUUG